AUGCGUCUCCUCUCGCUCGCCCUCCUCCUCUCCGCUGCCAUGGCGCUGCCUUCCGCCGAGAAGUCCUGCUCCGGCGUCGGCUUCCCCUGCGGUAACGCGACCGUAAACGCCUACGACUGCUGUGUCCCUCUCGUCUGUGCCCCGGGCGCGGUAAGUCCAACCCCCUCUCUCUCUGCCUCGUGGAUCAUCAGCAUCGCCAGGAUGAAAGCUGAUGGAACCGGAACCGAACUAGCAACCUGUCUGCCAACAGCCUCGUUCUUUUUCAUCUCGCAGAAACGGAAUGUGAGCGUGGAGGAUAAGCGCCGAGGGAGAGGUUCUAUUCGUCAGUGCCAGUUCGCUAUUAGAGGAUGGAUACGCAUGGAUGGGCAGUGGUUUGAGUCGAUCGAUAAUGACCGGGCGGCGGAUUCGGGUUAG